UUCCAAAAAAAAAUUUUAAAGGUGCCACUGCUACCAUUUUUUUCGUCCAAAUAACUGGGAAGUUACUAAAAUUGGUGGUGGAACUGCAUAGUUAACCUAAUUUAAAUGUCACAUUUGAAAUUGUGUUUAUUAAUACAAAAAAUUUGGAAGUCAGUGUAUAAAAGUCUCACUGACUUGUUUGCUAACAACUACAAAAACACAACAAUUGUGCACAGAAGCGCCAAUUUUAUAAUCAUCGAUAAAGCCUACGAUUUGAAAAUUAACAGCAACAACAGAAAUGAAGAGACAGUUCAAACCUUCAUGAAAAAAAAUCUUCCCUACUUGGCCUCAAAUCAGCUACAUCACGAGUACUAUUUUAUGCACAGAUUGGAUUAUUCCACGAGUGGCCUAAUGUGUGUUCCAGUUCACAAAAAAGCGUGUCAAGUGGCAUCUCAAGCAAUCCAACAACGCAAGUGCAAAAAAUACUACAUUGCUUUAGUACGGGGUUAUCUGUCUUCAAAUUUACUUGACCUCAAUUUUCCAAUAGGCAGGGACAAUAGCAUUACAGACAUAGAAAAAAUGUGUGUAACACAUGACAGUAACUCGAGAAGUGCUAGAACGCUAAUUGUGGUUCUGGAAAACGGACUUUUUGAAAACUACCCAAGCAGUAAGGUUUUAAUAAGGCCUAUAACAGGUCGUAGGCACCAAAUUAGGGUCCAUUGUGCACACAUAGGCCACACGAUUGUGGGCGACUACACGUACAGUAACAAAAAAGACACUACGCCGGAACGGAUGUACCUCCACUCGUUGAGAUUAGUCAUUCCCAACAAAAUUGAAGACAUUAACGUCCAAACCAGCGACCCGUUUAGUGAAAAGGGGGCAAAAUGCUGGAAGCCGGUGUUCCGUUUGUGUGAUUUGAGUCGCGCAUUUGAGAUUAUCGACGAGUUAUAACGAUAAUUUUUGAAAUAAAUGUUACAUUUGUGA